UCUCCCCGAAACCUUUAGGCCUUAAUGGUAGUAAUUAUUAACCAAUAUCCUAUAAAUGUCCUAUUGUUUAACUUUCAUUACAUAUAUAUAGCCACGUUCCUUAAAUCUCUCAGUACAGUCUUCCAAAUUUCACUAAAAGAAUCAUGUCUUUUUUUAGUUGUUAGUUAUUUAGUUUUUUCUUUUCAAUUUUAAUCAUGGAGCAAUUACCACCAAAAGUUCCAAUAAUGAAACACAAUUGGGUAAUGCCAUUGACAUCCGCCGCCGCCGGCCAACAGAAUUUUUGGGUUGACGAAUUCUUCGAUUUCUCAGCCACACGGCGGAGCGCCCACCGGAGGACGGUAAGUGACCCCAUUGCCUAUGUGGAGGCGUCGUUCUCGGAACAAAGCCAUAAUCCAAAUGAAAACUUUAUGGAAUCAUGCAACAAAAAUAAUGGGUUCGAAAGAUUGGAUGACGACCAGCUCCGGCACAUGUUUUCCGACAAUGCGGCGAUGGAGGUAGGCUCUGCAACUAGGUCGUCCUCCAAUUCGUCGGAUCAAAAUAGCGACAAUGAUGACAAGAAAAAGCUGCUGGAGCGCCACCGCUUGCGGCCGAAAAAUGAGCCUGAGGAGGUGGACAGUUUAGGCAAACCACUAACAGAAACUCUGCCUCCUGCCACCGCCUCCAGUCCGUUCGACAAUGGCUCCGGGGACGCCAUUAUUGACCCAAAAAGAAUCAAAAGAAUUUUAGCCAACCGGAAAUCAGCUCAAAGAUCAAGAGUGAGGAAACUGCAAUACAUAUCAGAGCUUGAAAGGAGUGUAACAACAUUGCAGAGUGAAGUAUCAGCAUUGUCACCAAGGGUUGCAUUUUUAGAUCAUCAAAGGCUGCUUCUCAACGUGGAUAACAGCGCUCUUAAGCAAAGGAUAGCAGCAUUGGCUCAGGAUAAUAUUUUCAAAGAUGCCCACCAAGAAGCAUUGAAGAAGGAGAUAGAGAGAUUGAGACAAAUAUAUGAAGAACAAAAGAUGAAGACGAAGAUGGGCAAAGAAGCUAUUGUUGGUGCACAAACACCAGAAACAAAUAGUUCUGAACAGUGAUAGGCUAUGGUGCGAUGCAUUCUGAUUAUUACAUGUGCAAGAUCACGUGAUGUCCCCUCUUUCUUGAUCUAAUGCUGUAGUGGGGGGCCACUCUGAUAAUCUUCGUUGCAUGAUUGGAGUCUAUGAAAGUGACACGUGGAGAGUUGCAGAUGACUCGAGUUUAUAGUGUUAGGGUGCGGUUUAGCAUUUUAAUCGCUGACAAGAAAAUUAGAAAAUGUUUCCUCCUUUGCCUCGCUAUUUUGAUUACAAUUUGUCAUGUUAAUUUUAUUUUUUUUCCCUUUUUUUUUUUUUUACGUUCGGGUUUUACAUCGAUCUUGAUGGUUUCAAAAAUUAAUGGCUUGGCUAUUUUGAGAACCAGACAUUAAUUUUCGUAAGUUUUGAUUUAUUACAUGAGUUGUUUACCACCCACUAUUGCAAGUCGAAAAACUUUUGGUCUA